AUGAGUGUUAAAUCUGCGAUUGAAAGCCAUCAAAGCGAAGGAAAUACCGCUUGGAACGAGCAUCCGGAAAAUCCACAGAACUGGACCAGAGCAAAGAAAACAGCCAAUUUAGGAAUUGUAUCUCUUCUGGCGUUUAUCACACCCCUUGAGUCUUCCAUCAUUGUGCCUGGCGUUCCUCUUCUGCAGAAAGACUUUCACGAAACGAAUCAUUUGAUAACCUCACUCGUCGUAUCUAUAUUCGUUCUAGGAUUUGCGUUUGGUCCCGUCCUCUUGUCACCGUUAUCAGAGCUCUAUGGAAGGAGGUUGGUGCUUAAUGUCUGCAAUGUGGCUACGCUCGCUUUCUCGAUCGCUAGCGCCAGUGCCCCGAAUAUCGCCUCAUUUAUUGUCUUCCGAUUCAUCGCAGGUAGCUUCGGGGCUGGGCCGAUGAAUAUUGGCGGUGGCAGCAUCGCCGACCAAGUAUCGUUCAACAGAAGAGGAACGGUUAUGUCUAUCUUUUUUACAGGCAUCUUCCUGGGACCUGUUUUAGGGCCUGUGACUGGCGGUUUUGUUGCACAUGCUCUUGGCUGGCGCUGGGUAUUUUGGCUCAUGGCAAUUGUGCGACUGGCUACAAGAAAGAUUGACUCAGAGAUAUGGGAAAUCGAAACCAGAGUGCGUAUCAAACGUGCCAAGAGCUGGAUGGCAAUAAUUAACAUGCAUGGCAGAUACCGAUUAUUACCUAUCGUGCUCGGAAUUCCACUACUUCCAGUAGGCUUGUUUGUGUACGGAUGGACCACCGAAUACAAAGUCUAUUGGCUGGUUCCCAUCGUGUCCUCGGGAUUCAUUGGGGCAGGACUUAUAUUCACAUUUCUGCCUACACAAAUAUACAUGAUCGAUGCUUUUACAGCUGUUGCUGCUAGCGCGCUCGCAGCGACAAGCAUUGUGCGCAGCAUCGUGGGAGGAAUUUUACCCAUGGCUGGUUUGCCUCUAUACGAAACGCUUGGCUAUGGCUGGGUUAGUCUUCACUAA